UGCAUGGUUUUCUCUGGGCAGUCUGGUUUCCUCCCAUAUCCCAAAACAUGGAACAUUAAUUGGACACUCUAAAUUUCCCCUAGGUGUGAUUGUGAGUGCGACUGUUGUCUCUCUCCAUGUGCCCUGCGAUUGGCUGGCAACCGGUUCAGGGUGUGCCCUGCUUCCUGGCCAUUGACAGCUGGGAAAGGCUCCAGCGCUCCUACGACGCUUAUGAGCUACCUAAGAAAAUGGAUGCAUGGAUGGAUGGACAUUCCUAUACAAUGUCCAAUACAUGCAGCAAUCUUGAAAAAAAAAAAAAAAAAAAAAAACAAUCAGAGAUUUUAUUCAACAAAUACAAGAAGACUUAUUGGGUAGCCUUAUGUCAACAAAGCCAUGCAACACCAGAUGCCAACCAAAACGUGUGUGUGGAUGUAUAGAUACUCUAUGAACCCAUGAUGGGCAUUAAAUAGCUGUUGAGAGAUAGUCCCACCUUUCAAUUGUAACUACGCUUUCGUAACUCUGCUUCCUUGUCUAAUAAUUCGCAAUAAAAUAAAGUCAUUUUGCUUCCCAGAGAUUCAAGAGAUGCCUGAGAGAAGACUGGUGCUGAUCGGUGGUAAACGGGACGGUAAAAGCUUCUCGGCCAACACGAUACUAGGAAAAGAACGGUUCGAAUCUGGCCGGACUCGAACAGCUCAGUCCGAAGUUAGACACGGAAUAGUGAAGGGCCGGAAACUGGUGGUGGUUGACACUCCGGGAUGGAAGAGCUCUCCCUCCCUCAGUGAGAUCUCGGAGAGAGACAAGCAACAAUUUAAGCUCUACGCCUCCAAGUGUCCACCUGGGCCGCAUGCGUUCCUUCUUGUCAUCCCCACAGACUCUAGGUUCUCCUUCAAGCAGAAGACGAUUGUGCAGGAAUACAUGAAGCUCCUGGGUCAUCAGGCCUGGAGAUACAGUAUGGUGCUCUUCACCUAUGGAGACUACCUGGGCAAGAAGACGAUAGAGCAGCAUAUUGAGCGUGAGGGUGAAGCCCUCACCUGGCUCAUAGAAAAGUGUCAGAACAGGUACCACGUACUUAACAACAAGGAAAAGAACAAUUCGUCUCAGGUCACUCAGUUGAUGGAGAAGAUUGAGGAAAUGGUCGAUGAAAAUGAUGACACAUUCUACAUGCUAGACAAUCACACAUUCCUAAACAUCAAGAAACGGCAAGAAGAAGUGGCUCAGAGGGCUAAAGAGAGAUUGAGGCGGGUUUUGGCGCAAAGGGAGGAAAUGAAAAUGAUUGUUUCAGGAAUGGAACCCCUCCAGCAACUUCAGAUUAUUCUCCUGGGCAGCCGCUUUGUUGGGAAAACCUUCACAGCGAAUACCAUUUUGGGAAUCAAAGAAUAUGAAAAAGGAACAACAAUAAUCUCCCAGGUCCUGCAGGGCUCAGUGGGCAAGACCAACAUUACAAUUGUGGACACUCCUGGUUGGCAGAAAGGCUUCCCCGCGUGCGACACGCCAGAAAUGAUCAAGGAUGAAGUGCUGCAAAGCAUGUUGAAAUGCCCCCCGGGGCCCCACGUCUUCUUGCUACUGAUCGAUGCUGAUGCCUCGUUUAACUCCCAGCAUCUGGAUGCAGCCACCUCUCACGUGGAGUUGUUCGGGAAGGGUGUGUGGAAACACACGAUGGUGGUGUUCACCCGGGCAGACUGGUUGGGCAGCAUAGAAGAAUACAUUGAGGGUGAAGGCAAAGCCCUGCAAACUCUUGUGGAGCGAUGCGGUUACAGAUAUCAUGUCAUGAACAACAUCAACGAAGAUGACACCACCCAUGUUGACGAGCUGCUGGAGAAAAUCACGCUGACUCUGGCGGGGAAUGGAUGGCAACAUUUUGAACCUAAUCAGAAGAUGAUGGAAGCCUUGGUAGAGAGAGAGAAAAAAGUGGAAAAUGCUGCCAACCUGAGAAGUCAGCGCAGGCCCAUCAGAGGACAGACAGGUUCUGCCAAGAAGCUGAAUGAGAUGAGAAUUUUGAUUCUUGGUGAAAAGAUGUCAGGAAAGACAACAGCAGCGAAUUGUCUCCUGCGGAGCAACGUCUUCCCCACCCAACCGAAUGACGGGUGUAUGGCCUGGCGGGCACAGGUGGCCGGCAGGCAAGUCACAGUCGUCGACAGCCCGGGCUGGAAUAGCGAGUCCGAAUGCACCAGCGAGAAGGACCGAGAAAUAGUCCGAGGUCUCACCCUGACCCCUCAGGGGGUCCAUGCUGUUUUGAUUGUCAUUUCCUUGGAUUUGAAAUUCACUGAGCCCAAUCAGGACACCCUGGAGGAUCAUCUUCAGCUCUUUGGCGACAGCGUCUGGAACCAUGCGAUGGUUCUGUUCACCAACGUGGACACAUUGGCAGGCAGAUCCAUAGAGGAGUACAUCGCGAGGGAGCACAAAGCUCUGCAGUGGUUGGUGGACAAGUGUGGAAACUACCACUGUCUGAAUAUUUCAGAGAAAGCUAACGUCAGCCAGCACGACCGGCUGUUCGAGAAGAUAGAGGAGAUGUCGGCAAAGAACCGGGGCCGCCUCUUCCGACCCAACGUAAAAGACAUCUACCUGAGGAUUGACGAAAAGUUCCAGAAGAAG